CGGCUCUCCGCUGGGGCCUGGAGCGCCGAGAUUAUUUCUCAUCUCUCCUCACCUAAACACCCAUCCCCAUGAAAGCACCUCAUCUCGCCCAACAUCGAUGCUCCCUUCCACCCUAAAAUCUUCGCGCUAUGGGCGCUUUGUUAUCUUGACGAUCCCGCUGCUCGUGUUCAGCUGCCUGCUCUUCUUGACGUGGGACCCACUGCCGGGCCGACUCCGUCAGCAAUCCCAAGCCCCGACAACGUCACAGUCCGAUCCGGUAUCUCAGGUACCACAACCAGUCGAGCCUCCAAAAGAAGAAGCAUCGCGCCCUAAACCACCAGUAUCUACCAGUAAUCCAUCCACCUCGAACCCGAUUGCUGACAUUGCUGGUGGUGAUGCUAUCUUCGGUAUAACCGACAAGCUUUGGCAAUCCGCCAAGAAUCCCCACCUGAGCGACGACCAAGACGAAUGGAUCAGCAGUUGGCUCGAAAAGAACCCAUCCUUCCGAUAUGAGCUCUUGACUGAUGCCUCCGCUGCCACCUUCGUUCGUACUCAUUAUGCCUCGCGACCAGAUAUUAUCGAGGUCUUCGAGACCCUCCCGAUCCCGAUCCUGAAAGCGGAUCUCCUGCGAUACCUGCUCGUGCUCGCGGAGGGGGGUGUCUGGAGUGAUCUGGACGUUACCUGCGAUAAGCCCGUGGCUGAUUGGGUUCCAACUGAAUACAAGAAUGCAAAGAUCGAGAUGAUCGUGGGCUUGGAGUUCGAUUUUGAAUGGCGCGGGGAAGGAACGGAAGUCGCAUCGCAGUUCUGCAACUGGGUCUUCGCGGCACCCCGCUCAUCACGCGUCCUUCAGGUGGUGGUGGACUCUGUUGUAGCCCAGAUCAAUGAGAUCGCUCUAAUGAAUAAGGUGCAGGUGAAAGACCUGACGUUAGAAAUGCUGCCCAUCGAUGUUGUUAAUGUGACGGGGCCCAAGAUCAUGACAAUCGCAAUCCUUGACAGUCUGAAGAAGCUGCUGGGUCGGACGGUUGAUGAUCGCGACUUUCAUGGGAUCAAGAAACCCAAGCUCAUUGGAGAUGUCCUAGUCAUGCCUGGUGUGUCCUUUGCGGCGUCCCAGAACGGAUACCCCCAGGAUCAAGGAGAUGCGCUGGUUACGCAUCACUACGCGGGCUCGUGGAAACAAGCUGAUGCGGAGGCUAAGGAGAAGAAGAAGCAGAAACAAAAUGGGCGAGACGAAGGCGUAUAGGAUGUCAUGAGCAUUGGAUUAUUAGUAGCUAAUUUCCGGGAUUGGCGUUGGUUCGCGUUUCAGCUUGUUGUACAGUUGCAUACUUCUAACCCAUUUUCAUCUCUUGACGACUCAUUCUGCUCUGUUCGUCUGUUCCUAAUUUGACUCGGCAAUGAAAACAAAUUGCCUGUUCGUUGAUGAUGGUUUGGUGAUCCCAAUCCUGCGCUGGUAGGGUGGCCUCGGGAUAGAACUAAAUCCAAGAUUUACAUUCCCGGCCUUGGCCCCGGAUGAUACUAUAUAUAACCACGAACAGUAGUAGUUUUGCUUUGUCCACCACCACCAUUUGUGGUAAUACAAAAUUUAGAUUUCUGUGUCAA